UUUCGGGCAAUCUCGUCUAACGUUACUCCCGCCCCUUUCCUCCGCUCGAGAGGCUGCCGCCGCGCGGAAUAAAGCCCAAAGUCUAGUGGGUUUGUACAUCGGCGGAGAAGAAUCGACAAACUUCAUCCGACGUUUCUCGCCAUGGAUCUGCAUUUAGCACCUGCGCUAAUCUAAGGAUCACACGCACUGCUCUCGUCUACCGAGCCAUGGAUUUUUACGGACGCAAGCUCGAAAUGCGCGAAUCUUCGAAGCUCGCCACGAUAGGCGACAGGGCGCUUACUAUUUUUUGACUUUUACAAAAGUGGAUUGUUUUGUGCUCGGUCAACGGUAGCCGUCGGUGGGGACCAAGCCGCGGGGAUAUUCACAAGUUCGACCCCCCCACCGUGGACCAUCUUCGGGAAGAGUUUCUCCCCCUAGUACCCCGGGCUCUUUUCAGUGCCAGGCUACCCGGCGAUAAGGUGCAACCACGCCGGGGGGAAGGCUGCUGCUCUCCGGCUAGCUGAGAGGCAGCUUCUCCUUGGAUCGGGGCCUCGUCGGCUAGGCGACAAUGCUCGACAUAAUGUCCGACCACCAAGAUUCACUCCUGACGUGUAAAACGGAACCCUUGCCCCCAGAAAGGAAAAAGAGGACCGUCGAGGACUUCAAUAAGUUCUGCAGUUUUGUCCUGGCUUACGCUGGUUACAUCCCCAGUCCGAAAGAGGAAAGUUCCUGGUCCCCCACCUCGUCCAGCUCCGCUCACAGCUCCGGCCUGUCGGCGGACGGCGGCGGCGGCGGGGGCAGCAGCUCCAUCGGCAACGCGUGGGCGGACGGCAGCUCCGACAUCCACACCAUCCACACGUUCGUGCGCAAGGCCCGCGCCAACAAGGGCAAAAACAUUCGCCGCAUGCACUCGGACAGCACGCUGCUGGACAAGAUGCGCCUCAAGGACUCCCUGUACGAGAGCCAGGCCGGCGCCAAAGCCGAGCGCAAGAAGGACAAAAAGCUGAAGAAGCUGUCGCUGGGCUCGGCGGCGCCGGACAGCGGCAGCAGCGAGGGCGAGAAGCGCGCCCGCAUCAAGCGCAGCAAGAACCCCUCCAAGCAGCCCAAGGCGAAGAAGCUGAAGAGCUCCGCCGCGCAGAGCGAGACGGACUCCGAGGCGCGCAAUUCGCACGGCGAGCUGCGAGGCGCCCGCGAGGGGCUUGCGUCGGACGGGGGCUCGCCCCCCGGCGCCCACGGCCUCGGGAAGCCCGAGGAGUCGGCCAGGGAGGCGGAGAUGAGCUCCAGCGAGGGCGAGACGUGGAUCGCCGACGAGGACAUCAUGGUGGAGUCAGGGGACGACUCGUGGGACCUGAUCACCUGCUACUGCGGGAAGCCGUUCGCUGGGCGGCCCAUGAUCGAGUGCAACCACUGCGGCGUCUGGGUGCACCUGUCGUGCGCCAAGAUCAAAAAGUCCAACGUGCCCGACAUCUUCUACUGUCAGAAGUGCAGAGACUUGAGGCGGCCGGGACACAAAAAGGACCCUUAAGAUGGCGGCGGGGGCACCGACCGCCCCAACUCUGAUGCCUACAGCCAAAACAGCCUAAGUCGUCACCUGGGAGGCAACCGGCCCUGCCGUUGCACAACGAACUUUGACAAUCAAACCAUAUUUAUCCCUCGCGUGUUUCUUUUUCCUUUUCUUUGCGGCUCCUGUGAAGACCCGGAGCGAAGGCGGCGAGAAAUCACCCGUUUGUUGCUAAUUCCCCCGAUAAUUGGCUUUAUACUUGUACUAUGUGCACAUAUCUGACCGGGGGGGGCUAUUUGACGUGUUAAUUUGUAUAUGAACGGAUACCCGUCCCAGUUAGACGGACGUUUCACACCGACAUUAGACGUGACAAAAGUGUAACUUAUUGUAUAGCUCCAAAAAAAAAAAAAGAGAAAAAAAAGCAAGCAGAAAUUGUCACUUUGGUUAUUUGGUUAAAUUAUGUCAUGGUGCUCGAUGGGCAGCUGUCUUUAUUUUCAUGGUAUUCUAGAUUUUUAAGGGUUUUGGUCACGAAACGUGGAGGGGAGGAGGGGAAGAAGUAAAGUUCUCGCUCCUCAAGCAACAGUUAAUUUAUUAAAAUGUAACUCCUCUCAGAUGUGUUGCGCAUAGGUUAUUAUUUUUUCGUGUUAUUCCUUUUUUCCUGUUCAUCCCAAUAGUGGAGGGGAAGAAAGUGGCGAGCCCAAAUACAUUUCUGGCGCGCAGGCGAUUGGCUCGUCAAUCAGUCAUCAGUGGCCAACCCGCUGUGAACGACGUCUACAGAGGAAAGCAGUUCAGCUUUUGUUCGGUUUCUUCCUUGUUUUUAUGUAAUCGUGUCCUCUUAAUGCCAGAUUGGGCUUCUUUUUUUUUUUUUCUUUCAUUUUUUUAUUAUUAUUGCUGUAACGCAACCGGUUGCGACUCCUUGCGAUGUCGAGGCGACCCGAGGCUUGUUUAUGAAUGGCUGUAAAGUGUUUUAUUUCACAUAACUGUUUAUUUCUUUGGGGUUAUUAUUAUUUUUCUUCCCAGCAAGUGGGAGUAGAGAAGUGCCGACUUCAGGACAAGAGAUUGUCUCGCCUAGAGAACAAAGUUGUGUGUAUAAAAAAAAAAAAA